CAAAUUGAAACAAAACUCUCGUGUAAAUGGUGAAAGCAUCAUCACAUCAAAAUAACCCCCAGUAUUUAUAUCAACCCUUUCAGCAAAGAAAAUCYAAAUCCCGAAAAGUAGAAGGCACAAACCUAUGGCAAGAUGGACUCGACUAUGGGAGAAGAAAUGGUAGCAAAGCCAACAUCUAGAGAACUGGUGGUUGUCGAUGGGGGCGAGUAUGCCCUUGUCGAAUAUAACAAAAGACGAGCACACAUCUGUUGGUGAGUUCAAGGAGUCUGUCUCUCGAUCGUGUAGGAACCAAUACAUGCGGAUCCCAGGGCAGAUCAAAGAUGAAGAACUAACACGAUUGAUUCCAAACACAACUCUCUUUUGUUCUACGACAGUGGAUGCGAUACGAGAAACGCAAUAUUCGUCGUCGAUACCAUCAGUAUUUGCUUCUACGGCCUAAUGACGGUUAGCUUUGCCUUACUUGCUGGUGACAAACUACAGUACGACGAUGAUCAAGUGCAAGUAGUCAUGACCACACUGUACAAUACAAAGAUAGGUUUCGCAAUUGCAACAUCUGUCAUUGGCAUGCUUUGUAGCAUGAUCGGAAUAUUUGGAGCAGCUCAAUUCAGUACGAUUGGAACCACCAUCGGAGGUCUAUGGUUCGUGUGCGAGAGCAUUCGUUGCUUGGUAUUCAAAGAUGUUGUUACUGCAGCAGUUGCAGCUGGGUUCUGCUAUCCUCACGCGGUAUUCUACCACGAGCUAAAAAGUGGAGUGAUGAGUCGUGAAAACUAUCCAAAAGAAAAGAUUUGCUGCGACUGUUGCUGCAGCUGCUGAUUCUUAGAUUCCCCUGCAUCGCCCUUUGUUUUUCCUAUUUCACACUCGCAUAGAUACCAAUCGCGACCCAAGUUGUAGUAUUAAUAUAUUUGAAGUUGUCAGUUAAUUAAUGUAAUUGAAUAAUUGCAUACUUUUCCUGACAUUGAAUGGGUGUUUUCGUUUUUUCGAAGAUUGUUAGAACCGAGGUAACAUUCUUAAUUUAACGGCGAGGAUUCUUCGUGGGUCAAAGUUUCGUCAAAGUUGUUGCAGCUACUGAACCGAUUGUUUAUGGAAGAACCUAGCAGAUAAAAACGCAGUAGCUGAAAUUAAAAUGAAACGACAGAUGAAUGUGAACCAUCGUUAGUUGUCGUUUGCCCCAAAACAGUAGGAUGUUCUCGAUAGCGAAACCUUCGUAUUUAUUUUGAAGGAACCAAGCUUUGUUUCCGUCUGUACGGGUAAGGAAGAUUGAGAAUAAUCAGUCAUGAGUAGGUCGGAUAUGUCAGAAGUACUUUUCUCACAAAUUUGUGGUACAAUUUUCGAGGAUGUCGCGCGCGCUAAUACGACACGCUCAGAAGUCAAUUUACACGCUUUCGGGGGGAACAAUCUACCGUUUCAACGCUUGAAAUCAGAUUCCCUUCCUUUUUACAUAAUUUAUUUUUUAAUUCAGUAUCGUAUCCUUUUUUUUUGACGAAGAAUUGAUCUUUAUUUCUGCAACUCAAUUUUGUUCUAAACAUCAAAACAAGGAAWAACCUCACAUAAACCCAUAAAACAAUUUUCUGAAAACUUUGACGAGACAAAAUGGAUCCAAAUCAGGUUUCUAAAAGCACUGAGAUCUGCCAGGGUGACACCGACUACGUCACUUACGACAAAGCACCAAAGCGCGGGCACGUUUUCUGGUAAGUAAAAAUGAACUGAACAUGACACCGUAUGGAAUACCCAAAUGUGGACUUGGAAUCACGAAUGAAACUUACUCUUUGCUUUGAUGACAAUAGUGGUUGUUGCUGUGAUGUGAGAACA